GUGUGAUGAAUCAUAUUUAUCAUCUGUUUCCUUUAAGGUACAACACCCAUCAGUGGCCUGACAAAGCUCCGCCCCUCACCUGACUCACCUGAGAAGCACCAGGAAACAAUUCUUCCUCAAUACAGACAAACCUGUUCAGCUUGUUCCUGUUCAGUUCUUAGAGAGAAGAGACGCAGCGACAGACAGAUGCUUCAGAGACAAAAUGGCUUCUAAAUCAGAGGAGGAACUCUGCUGUCCGGUCUGUCAUGAGGUCUUCAGAGAUCCUGUUGUUCUGUUAUGUAGCCACAGCUUCUGUAAAGUCUGUCUGAAGAGCUGGUGGACAGAGAAACAAGCACGUCAGUGUCCAGUUUGUGAGACAAUAUCUUCACUAGAAGAACCACCUUGUAACCUGGUGUUGAAGAACCUGUGUGAGGCCUUCUUACAGGAGAGAGAUCAGAGAGCUUCAGAGGCUCUCUGCAGUCUGCACUCUGAGAAACUCAAAGUCUUCUGUCUGGACCAUCAGCAGCCAGUGUGUCUCGUCUGCAGUGUUUCAGAAAAACACAGCAAGCACAGAUUCAGACCCGUCGAUGAAGCUGCACGACAACACAAGAAGGAACUUCAGGAAACUCUGGAGCCCUUAAAGGAGAAGUUAAAGGUUUGUGAACAAGUUAAAGUAAAGUGUGAUCAAACAGCAGAACACAUGAAGGUCCAGGCCCGACACACAGAGAGGCAGAUUAAGGAGCAGUUCAAGAAGCUUCACCUGUUUCUAGAGGAGGAAGAGGAGGCCAGGAUGGCUGCACUGAGGGAGGAAGAGGAGCAGAAGAGUCAGAUGAUGAAGGAGAAGAUGGAGGCUCUGAGCAGAGAGAUAGCAGCUCUUUCAGACACAGUCAGAGCCACAGAGGAGGAGCUGAGAGCUGAAGACGUCUCAUUCCUGCUCAACUACAAGGCUGCAGUGGAAAGAGUCCAGCAGCGCCCCCUGCUGGAUGAUCCACAGCUGCCCUCAGGAGCUCUGAUAGACCAGGCCAAACACCUGGGCAACCUGACCUUCAACAUCUGGAGCAAGAUGAAGGACAUGGUCUCCUACACUCCUCUCAUUCUGGACCCAAACACUGCUUAUCCAUAUCUCAUCCUGUCUGAAGAUCUGACCAGUGUGAGAGGAGGAAACGAACAGCAGCUUCCUGACAAUCCAGAGAGGGUUGAUCAUUACUACUGUGUCCUGGGCUCUGAGGGCUUUAACUCAGGGACUCACAGCUGGGAUGUCGAGGUUGGAACCAGUACAGGCUGGACACUGGGUGUGUUAGCAGAGUCUGUCCAGAGGAAGGGAGACAACAAAGAGUCUGGAUUGUGGGGAAUAGAGUUGUCUGGAGGUAAAUACUCAGCACGGUCACCAUCAACACUCACUGCUCUCAAAGUCCGGAAGAAGCUCCAGAGGAUCAGAGUGAAUCUGGACUGGAACAGAGGAAAGCUGUUGUUCUCUGAUCCUGAUACUAACACAAACAUAAACACCUUCACACACACUUUCACUGAGAGGCUGUUUCCAUUGAUUAGCCCUGUGGGUGAAGUGAAGAUCUCAGCAGUGAAGGUCUGUGUGACAGUGGAACAGAGCAGUUAGAGAUAAAGAGGAU